UCAUAGAUCUCCCAAAAUGUCGGUUGUAAAAUCUCUUCGGCUACUAUUUCUCAAAAGGGAGAUCUAUCUGCCCAACUCUGCCAUCGAAGGGCAGGUAGCACUCACCCUGCGCUCCAGCCUGGUCAACCCAUUGGUGAAGGUGGAACUGGUAGGGAGGAGUUACCUGGAAUGGAAGGUAGAAGGGAAUGCAAAUAUGGAUUACAGCAAAGACGUACUGUGCAGCAACAAGACUGACCACGUGCACAAGAGCAAGACCUUCGAGAUUGAAGACAACUGGUUAGGCGCUGGCAGUCACACCUUUGACUUCUCCUUUCAACUCCCUUCCAAGAUCCCCUCCACCUUCAAGAGCAAGAUCGGCCACGUCUUCUAUUUCAUUCAAACAUCUUGUUCUGGCCGGGAACACAUCUUAGCCAAACAGAGGGAAUAUCUGCCUGUCCAAGGAACAUCAGGGUACUACCAUGACAGUGUUAACAAGCAUCCCAUAUUAGUAGAAGAGAACAAGAACCUGUACUAUAACUGCUUCCGUCAGGGUUUGAUCUACCUCCGAGUUUCCCUGGACCAUAACAUCUUCAUCCCAGGAGAGUGCGUGAUCCUCAGCGCCGAGAUCGAGAACUGGACCAACAAGUACCUCAGGAGUAUGAGCUGUACCCUCAACUCUUAUGUCACCUACGAGGGUUUCACCCUGAGAGCUGAACGGAAGACCUUGGAAGAAAAGCAGGAACUGCUGAGCCAGGAGGCCCACAUCAACAUCAUCCCCUUCAGUACUGCCACGGUCAUCAACGCCCUGAGCCUGCCUACGCUACUGCCCGUUAGCACCGAACCGCCGGGCGGUGAGAUCAUGGAGUUUAAGUACGAGGUGGCGGCCACCGUCCACAUUCCCUGGUCACUGAAAAAGGUGGUGGCCAAGGUCCCCAUUGUUAUCCAGUGUCCCCGGGUGGCCAGGCUGGGGAAUUAGAAGGCAAGUGACCAGUAUCCAUCUUCCCUGGUCACUGAAAAAGGUGGCAGUUUAGGUCCCUAUUGUUAUCCAAAGCCCUCAGCCAUGCAGCCUGGGGAAUUAGAAGAUGAGUGGCCACUGUCCCAUCUUACCCUAUGGCUGAAAAAAGUGGUGGCUAAAGUCUGUGUUAUCAUCCAAAAUCCCUGUGUAGUCAACCUGGGAGAUUAGAAGACAAAUGGUCACUGUCCAUCUUAUGUGAUGACUGAAAAAGCUGCAUUAUCAUCCAAAAUCCCCAGGUUGACUACAUGGGUUGAUUAGAAGAAAAAUGGUCACUGUCCAUCUUAUGUGAUGACUGAAAAAGCUGGCGGGUAAAGUCCUCAUUGUCAACCAAGGCCACCGUGAAGUCAACCUGGGGAUUAGAAGACGAGUGGCCACUGUCCAUUUUACCUGAUGACUGAAAAAGGUGGUGACUAAAGUCUGCAUUGUCAUCCAAAGCCACCAUGUAGUCAACCUAGGGGAUUAAGAGACAAGUGGCCACUGUCCAUCUUACCUGAUGACUGAAAAACAUGGUGGCUAAAGUCAGCAUUGUCAUCCAAAGCCACUGUGUAGUCAACCUGGGGGAUUAAGAGAUGAAUGGCCACCGUCAAUCUUACCUGAUGACCAAAAAAUGUGGUGGCUAAAGUCCGCAUUGUCAUCCAAAUCCAUCAUGGGUUCAGACUUGCGGAUUGGAAGACAAGUGGUCACUGUCCACCUUACCUGAUGACUGACAAAGGUGGCAGCUAAAGUCCACAAUGUCAUCCAAAACCCCCACGUAGUCAACCUGGGGGAUUAAGAAGAUGAGCGGCCACUGUCCAUCUAACCUGAUGACUGAAAAAGGUGGGGCUAAAAUCCACAACAUCAUCCAAAUUCGUCAAACGUUCAGACUUGAGGAUUGGAAGACAAGUGGUCACUGUGAAGACAAGUGGUCACUGUCCAUAUUACCUGAUGACUGAAAAAGGUGGUGGCUAAAAUCCAUAAUGCCAUCCAAAGCUGCCAUGUGGUCAACCCGGGUGAUUUGAAGAAGAUAAGUGGCCACCGUCCAUCUUACCUGAUGACUGAAAAACGUGAAGGCUAAAGUCCACAUUGUCAUCCACAGCCGCUGUGUACUCAACCUGGGGGAUUAAGAGACCAGUGGCCACCGUCUAUUUUACCUGAUGGCAGAAAAAGGUAGUGGCUAAAGUCCUCAUUGUCAUCCAAAGUCCCCGUGUAGCCAACCUAGGGGAAUAGAAGAAAAGUGGCCACUCUCCAUCUUACCUGAUGACUGAAAAAGUCGGCAACUGAAGUCUACGUUGUCAUCUAAAACCACCACGUAAUCAACCUGGAGGAUUAAGAGAUGAGUGACCACUGUCCAUUCUAGCUGAUGACUGAAAAAUGUGGUGGCUAAAGUCUGCAUUGUCAUCCAAAUCUAUCUUGUGUUCAGACUUGAGGACUGGAACACAAGCGGUCACUGUGAAGACAAGUGGUCAAUGCCCAUCUUAUCUGAUGACUGAAAAAGGCAACAGCUAACGUCCACAAGGUCAUCCAAAGCAUCCCCAUGUAGUCAACCUGGGAGAUCAGAAGAUGAGCGGCCACUGUCCAUCUAACCUUUUGACUGAAAAAGGUGGUGGCUAAAAUCCACAUCAUCAUCCAAAUUCAUCAUGUUUUCAGAUUUGAGGAUUGGAAGACAAGUGGUCACUGUGAAGACAAGUGGUCGCUGUCCAAAUUACCUGAUGACUGAAAAAGAUGGUGGCUAAAAUCCACAAUGCCAUCCAAAGCCGCUGUGUAGUCUACCUGAGGGAUUAAAAGACAAGUUGCCACCGUCCAUCUUACCUGAUGAGUGAAAAAGGUUAUGGCUAAAGUCCGCAUUGUCAUCCAAAGUCAUCGUGUAGGGGAAUAGAAGACAAGUGGCCACCGUCCAUCUUACCUGAUGACUGAAAAAGGUGGCAGCUAAAGUCCACAUUGUCAUCUGAAGGCACUGCAAAGUCAGCCUGGGGAAUUAAAAAGACAAGUGGCCACUCUCCAUCUUACCUGAUGACUGAAAAAGGUGGCGGUUAAAAUUGGCAUUGUCAUCCAGAGCCACCGUGUAAUCAACCCCGGGGGAUUAGAAGACAAGGAACCACUGUCCUUCUUACCUGAUGACUGGAAAAGGUGGCAGCUAAAGUCCGGAUUGUCAGCCAAAGCCCCUGGAUGACUGGAACAUUAGAAGAUGAGUGGCAAUAAACCAGAA